UAGCAAACGAGGAGCUGUCAAACGAAAACUAGUUUGUUAUGAUUUAAAUUUUUCAUAACAUUAUCGCCAAACCUGGAAGAUUUCUUCACAUUUGCUCCUGUGUAAUCUUGUACAAAGCGACCCAGUAUACGUGUAACAAUAGAUAAGCCAAAGUGAAAAGGUGUUGUGAAACUCGUCAACACAAAAAUGUCCACACCAGCCGGAUAUGGGGAGCUGAUACAAUGUCCGUACGAAAAGGCUCACCGGAUUCAGGCUCACGCAAUGUCCAAACACCUGUUCAAAUGUCGGAAGAACCACCCGAACCAGAAGCUGGUGUCCUGCCCGUUCAAUGAGUCCCACCGAGUGAACGAGAAGGAGCUCAAGUUGCACGUCCAAAGCUGCGAGGACCGGGCAUCGUUCGAAACGUACAAAUACUGCAUCGCCAGCAAAUCCGCCAACGCGCCAGAGAACAACCCGCCGGAGCUGGUGUACAACAACAGUCCGCCGAAGGAUCCGUUCAAGGUGGGACGGUACUCCCAGAGCCGGAAGGAUGAAGACGAUGACGAGAAUUGGGACGACGAGAAGGAGCAAAAGCUGCCGGUUGCGAACGAUGAAGAGGAUGAGUGCUGGGACGACAUGAACGUUCCGGCGUACAACCCGCAAAAGUACUGCGAGCAGGCCAAGGUCAUCCGGAAGGCUACCCUCAAGGCGCCGGCGGAGAAAAAGGCUUUCUACGAGGCGGAACGGCUGCGUUUGCAAAACUUGCGGUUGAAGGAUUGAAUAAUAAUU